CACCCGAUACGCUGCUGAAUCGCUCACCCUACCCUGUACCAGUCCGCAAAGAGUUUCCAGAGCUCAUUCGCUCCUUCCAGCACUGGAUGGGGGAGACGUGUCCGCUCACAUCGCAAACUCUGUGCUUUCACAUGCGUACGAUUUGGCUGCAGAAUGCCUUUUCGGACCCUUGCCUAUUUCAUACAAUAUUAUUCUACGCGUCAGCGCAAAUAGACAACAUCAGCUGCGGGACAAAUCGUAAUCCAAUCACGCUCUACCACCACAGCCAAGCCCUCAAUCGUAUCAACCAACGACUCUCGGCGAAUGGAGCAAUCGUUGAUGAUAAUCUCGUGGCUAGCAUUGCACUACUGGCUAUGCAUGCAUCCGUCGCGAAUAAUGCCGAGGCAAUGAAGAUCCAUAUACGAGGUCUGAUGACUAUCGUCCGCUCCAGAGGCGGGCUAAAGAACCUGGGGCUUGCCGGCUCCCUAGUUAACAUGGUCUACAUGGCCAAAAUCUUCUCAUCGAUCUUGAACACAGAGGAGAUGCUGGGCCUCGAGACAGCAUCAUCGUGCUCACCUCCUGCGCCGCUUCUUCAGGCGAUCAUUCGACGUGUGCACUUGAAGUCAGCUGAGUACGAGAAUGCCGAUCAAAUCCUGUCAUUGUUCCUGGAAGUCUAUGCGGCAGUCCCUAGGCUUCAGGAUUUUAUCACGGGCAAGCGCAGCCUUUGCGAGUGGCGCGACGCGCGAAGGCUCACUACUGGAACGCGUCCCAGUCGCCGUGCGACGUCGCCCGAGCUUGGGAAUAACGACAGCGUCUUAUGGGCCUGUGAACUAGCUGUCGCUAUCUUCUGGUACCUUGUCGAUGGUACAUCCGCGCUCGAAACGGAGACACUUGAUGACAUGUUUCUGGACCUCAAACUGGCUCUCAACGCCACGGACAUUGUGCAAUGGAUGUCGUUCUCGCAGGAGGCGCUCAUCUGGAUCUGUGCAGUCGGGGCUGCCAUAUCGCAGAGCGCAUUCGAGAGCUGGUGGUUUGUGAUGCAGGGGGCGUCGAUGGUCAUGUGUACGAACCUCAUCCACGGCUCCAUUUUCGAGGAGUCUUGGUUUGCUUUUAAGUGGAUGAGACAACUCCAUCGUCUGCGGAUCGUAAAGUGA